UUCGGCAGAAUUCCGGAAGCUGUCACACCGACUGUUUUCUUCUGUGAGCUUACUGAAUAUAAUUAGACUUUUACUAUUGAACGCAGUCGUUUUCGAGCCGCAUGUCGAUUCUCUGAUGCAAUGAACAUUCUGAGGUCUGUUUGCACGUAAACUUAACAGUCGUUCCUGACAAAUAACCAUGGGGAAUGGAAUGAAUAAGGUCAUUGAUGGUCUCUAUCUAGGAAAUAUAAGAGAUUCAGAGAACAGAGACAGUCUGUCCCGCAAUGGCAUCACCCAUAUCCUCUCCGUCUGCAACAAUGCAAAGCCUGUGUUAGAGGAUAUGACCUAUCUGUGCAUUAAUGCAGCUGAUGCCUCCAGUCAAAACUUAUCUCAACACUUCAAAGAAUCCAUACGCUUUAUCCAUGAGUGUCGACUUAAUGGAGGGGCAUGUCUAGUUCAUUGUCUUGCUGGAGUGUCUCGGAGUACCACUGUGGUGGUGGCUUACCUCAUGACAGUCACCAGCUAUGGCUGGCAAGAGUGUCUUACUGCGGUGAAGGCUGUGCGCUCUUUUGUGGGCCCAAACUAUGGCUUCCAGCAGCAGCUGCAGGAGUUUCAGAUGAAACAGGUGUCAGAGUAUCAGGCAUGGUUGCGGGCCAGCUAUAGAUCCAGCCCAUUUAAAGACCAGGAACAGGUUGAAGCUUUACUGAGUCUGUUUGCAGAACAGCAGCAACAAGGACAACAAAAUGAUCCGGAGUGGAUGAGCCAGGGCUCUCGCAUCUAUCCUCUGUCCUACAACCAAUACAGUGCCUCGGGCAGCAACAGGUGAAAGCAGACUUGACCAGGUCUCCGCUGCCCACCAGAUUUACACCCUGAAAGGACUAAAAGAGCAUGUGUGGCAAUUCCCACAUGUGCAGAUCAUUUCAAAAGAGAGAUCAUAGAACACUUUAGAUUACAGUCAUGCUGAUGUGAGCAUUAUGAAAACGGUAAUAGCGAGUUCAUUAACCAUUGAUCACUCAAAGAGUAUUUUUUCCUUUAUAAGUUGUUGGAAUCUGAUAGAGUUAGUCGCCAGCAUUGCUGUAUUUUUAAAAAAACGCAUCCCCCACUGCUCUACCUCCAAAAUGAUAAGGAUGCCUUUAGAUCUUUUAGUUGUCCGACAUUAGAUUGAUAAUAGAUCAGUGCUAAAAUGCUCUAAGCGCAUAAAUUGCUUUAUAAAAUGCAGUAUUUGGACCGCUAAUGUGUAAUUUAUGCUUUGUAUUUCAUAUACUGUAUAUUGUACUGUUGGUCUCUCUUGGCAUAAAACGUGGCAAUAAAGUAAUAAAACAAUUUAAAA